AUGAGGUCUACCGCCGUGCUUGCCCUGCUCCUGGGCGUCUUUGUCGCCUUUGCCGCCGCCUGGUCAAAAGAGGACCACGAAAUCUUCCGUCUGCGCGACGAGGUCGUCAAGUCGGAAGGCGCCAAUGUCACCUUCUACGACAUGCUCGGCGUCAAGCCCGGCGCCAGCCAGGACGAAUUGAACAAGGCCUACCGCACAAAAGGCCGCGAGCUCCACCCCGACAAGGCGCGCAAGGCCUUCCUCGCAAACUACGCCAACAAGGCAGCCAAGGCCGGCAAGACGCCAGGUGUCAAGGCCACAAAGGGCCCCUCCAAGAAGGAGAUCGAUGCGCACAUGAAAAAGGUCACGGCUCGCUACCAGAAGCUGUCCGUCGUGGCAAACAUCCUCAAGGGUCCUGAGCGCCAGCGCUACGACCACUUCUUGAAGAACGGCUUCCCUGCCUGGAAGGGCUCUGGCUACUACUACGACCGCUUCCGCCCUGGCCUCGGCUCCGUCCUCAUCGGUGUCCUGAUCGUCAUGGGAGGCGGCAUGCACUACUUCGCCCUGCUCAUGGGCUGGAAGCGCCGCAAGGAGUUUGUCGAGCGCUACAUCCGACACGCACGCAAGACGGCCUGGGGCGACGAGACCGCUAUCCGGGGCAUCCCCGGCGCCGACGCUGCCCCGGCCCCGGUCCCCGUCAACGCCCAGCAGUCGGACAACGGCGAGGAAGAAGAGGACAAGGAGCCAGAGUUCGUCCCAAGAAACCGCCGCGAGGCCCGUGCUUGGGAGAAGGACCAGCGCAAGAACAGCAAGAAGCCGGUCGUUGCCAAGAAAGCCCGCGCCGCUGGCAUCAGCGCCCCCGUCGAGACGGAGCUCAUCUCCGGCCCCCAGGGUGCUAAGAAGCGCAUUGUGGCAGAGAACGGCAAGGUCUUGAUUGUUGACUCGGUUGGCAACGUCUUCCUCGAGGAGGAGACUGCGGAUGGCAUCAAGGCCGAGUUUCUGCUCGAUCCCGACGAGGAGCCUGCGCCUACCCUCUUCGAUACUCUCCUGUUCAAGCUUCCCAGGUUCAUCUACAACCAGUCUGCUGGCCGUGUCCUUGGCAAGAAGGAGCUCGUUGACGAGCCUCUGCUCGAGACGUCUGAGCUUCCCGAGGACGAGGCAGCCAUCCAGUCGGCCACGGCUCAGAACAUCAACGGCGAGACAAGAAAGCGCAAGACCAAGGCUCAGAGCCGCGCCAGGUAG